CGGAAUUUUCAGGGACACUGCGAGGUAUAAGAAGCCGCGACCACUGCUUGCAAGCUUUCACAACGUUGUCUGAGCGGUCGUCGUCGGCACAUCCUCCUCGCUUCCUUCGCUUGCGAGUCCCCCCAUUCCUUCUCUGUCGCUCAUUCCCCUCUCAGUUAAAGGCUCUGUCCUUUCAGACGUUCUUUGCCGUCGCUCGACCCUCUUCCCGUCCUCUCCCUCAACAAACCCCUAGCAGCAAUGUACGUUCCGAAGGCGCUCGUCCUGCUCGCCAUGGCCGUGUCGGCCUCUGCCGUCUCGACACAACACAUCGCUCGUAACGUGCACCAUCGCCGUCACGCAGUAGCUGCGAGGGACGCCUCGCCCGAGACGCCCUCUGCACCGGUUGCUGCCCCAUCUGUUGUUCCACGAAAGCGCCAGAUCAAGCGUUGCAAGGCAGGCAACCCGACCUCGACACUGCUCAGCAGCGCGGUCCCCACGUCGAGCACCAGUGCGACCUCCACGUUCAGUGUUGCUGUGUCUAGCGCGGUUCCCUCGUCUAGUGCUGUGUCGAGUUCGGUUGGCGUCCUGUCCACCUCGUCAGCAGCGAACAAUGUUGGUGCCGCCCCGUCGUCAAGCUCGGUCGCUGUGCCAUCGACGUCCGAAGCACCCGCUCCGUCUUCAGAGGCCGGCCCUGCUUCUUCAUCCUCUGCCGUCCCUGCUCCUUCAUCCUCUGCCGUUCCUGCUCCUUCAUCCUCUGCCGUUCCUGCUCCUUCAUCCUCUGCCGUCCCGACCACAUCUUCCGUGGUGCCGACUACGUCGUCCACUCCCCCACCUGCACCCUCGUCAUCCGAAGCACCAAGCAGCGCUGCAGCUCCCCUCAGCACCUCGUCGGAACAGCCCGCACCUCCUACACCGUCCCCAACUCCUACGCAAACAACCACCUUGUCUGCUGCGGCGUCUUCGCCGUCUCCCUCUUCCUCCGACAGCGAUAGCAGCCUGUUGAGCUCCUCGCACUCUGGCGAUGGUACGAAAAUGCUCAUGCUCCCCGAAUAAUUCAUGACUCAACGCCUUCUGUAGCUACGUGGUACGAGACGGGCCUUGGUGCUUGCGGUAUCAACAAUGUCGACACCGACUUCAUUGCUGCCGCAUCCCACAUACUUUUCGACGG